GCAUGAGUCAGAUCCUGGCUGCUGGUUUCGGCGACCUGCGAUCAGACGCCAAGCGCCUCUUUGCUCUGUACGUAACAAUCAUCCUCCAGCACAGAUUUCGUUUGCCGAUGUUCCAUUAGUGCUCUGGAGCCCCGUGGAGAAUUGGAGGUCUCUCUCUUUUGGAGUUCUACUCACCAACCUCCAAGCACAAAUUUUCAUCAGCAAAAUCACAGCCAUGGCUCGAAAAGUCAUCAUAGAUACCGACCCAGGCGUGGACGAUGUUAUGGCAAUGUUACUGGCACUCUCUGCCCUGCCGGAAGAACUCGAAGUACUACUUCUAUCGAUCACCUAUGGCAAUAUCGACGUGGAAAACUGUCUAAGAAAUGUCGUUUCCAUGUUCUUCCAUAUUGAGAAAGAGAUCGAGUGGCGAGCAGCUCAAGGCAAGCCCCUGGGUUUUGACGCUCUGCGCAAAACGAAGCCCAUCGUUGCUGUUGGCAGCGAUCAUCCACUUACUGAUCAAAUGUUGAUGGCGGACUUCUUUCAUGGAAGAGAUGGUCUUGGAGGCAUUCAUGGAACACAUCCUCAUCUUACCCCGAACGAGACGUGGAAGGGCCUCUUUGACAAAGCUGCGAGCUCUGGAACUGACGCCGAUAAGAUCAUUGCAAGUGAGCUGCGCAACGAAGGCGCAAUGUUCACUGCGUCGAAAAUACCAGCAGUUGACGAGAUCCUCCGCUUGCUCAGAGAAAACGAGCCAGAUACGAUUACGAUUGUUGCAAUCGGCCCGCUGACCAAUCUUGCACAUGCUGCAGCACAAGACCCAGAAACUUUCCUCAGAGCCAAGGAAGUGGUAGUUAUGGGCGGCAACGUUGAUGAGAAAGGCAACGUGAUGGCCGAGUUCAACACAUUCGCAGAUGCAGUAGCUGCGGCUCGAGUGUACGCACUGUCUUCUCCCACGCCGAAAACGACCAUGCCACCAGUACCACCCGCCCCUCCUGGGCAGCAGGCUGAUCAGGCACCACCGCCAUACCUGGCAGAUUAUCCGGAAAAGCUCUCACGUCAACUGAAGGUCACAUUAUUUUCUCUUGACAUCACGGAACGUCAUGCACUCAGUCGCGGCCUGUUCCGUACAUUGAGUGAGCCUCUCGUGAGCGCUGCAUCGCCGCUGGCGGAGUGGGCGACGGCAUUUCUCACAUCAACGUUCGACAAAGUGGAGAGCCUGCAGCAGGACGUCUCCGGUGAUGCGGUCGGUUUGCACUUGCAUGAUCCGCUCUGUAUCUGGUAUUGUAUGGCUACUGACGUGUCGGGCUGGGAAAUUCUCAAAGAUGAAGACCUGCGCGUGGAGACAUCUGGACAAUGGACACGAGGGAUGUGUGUCGUUGAUCGACGCACGAGAAAGAAAUGGCCUGCAGGCGAUGAAGGCGAGCGACCUGGUGAUGCUGGCAACUGGCUUUCUCUGAAUGCAGGCAACAGAUUGCAGCGCUGCAUUGGCACUCCGCAGACGACUGGAAACAGUGAUUUCGGAGAGUUCUUGGUGAAGCGCGUUUUCCUGUCCGGUUGACCUUAAGAUAUCGACAGAAGUAUCCUUCCUCGUUCACUCAAAAGAAGCCCAACGGCGCAACGUUAGACUGCAUCAACUGCCAACCUCAUAUUGGCUAGGCAGCUGCUCAAAGAAACCUCACUUCACAUUGGCUAGUCAGCUGUUGAACCAAACCUCACUUGCGUACCUAU